GGCCGAGUCCCAUAAAGGCGCCAGUCGCCCGCUGCUGACAGAGCUGGCGGCCACCGCAGGAGGACCCGGAGCGACGGCCCCGCACUGCUUCACCUAGUGCAAACCGAGAGGGCGAUCGGACAGGGUCCCUUUCCUAAGAGGAAUUUGUAGACUUUCCUGCUAAGACCUCAAUUUGUAUUUUUGAAGAACAGAAAGAAAAUUCUGUGAAGUGUGGAAAUAAUUUAAGCCAUCUAAGACUAAAACAUACAUAAUGAAACAAUGUAUACAAUUUGUAUAAAAAAGGACAUGUACUUGUAGACAGCAUUCAAAUACCAGGAUCUGAAGUGGUUGAGAAUGUCUCUGCCGAGCCGACAGACCGCCAUUGUCAACCCCCCUCCCCCAGAGUACAUCAACGCCAAGAAGAACGGGCGCGUGACGAACCAGCUGCAGUUCCUGCAGAAGGUCGUCCUGAAGGCCCUGUGGAAACACGGCUUCUCAUGGCCCUUCCAGCAGCCCGUGGACGCCGUGAAGCUGCAGCUGCCAGACUAUUAUACCAUUAUAAAAACCCCAAUGGAUUUAAAUACAAUUAAGAAGCGGUUGGAAAAUAAGUAUUAUGUGAAGGCUUCCGAAUGCAUAGAAGACUUCAACACAAUGUUUUCAAAUUGUUAUUUAUACAACAAGCCUGGCGAUGACAUUGUUCUUAUGGCCCAAGCUCUAGAGAAGUUAUUUAUGCAGAAAUUAUCUCAGAUGCCACAAGAAGAGCAAGCUGUGGGUGGUAAGGAAAGAAUAAAGAGAGAUCCUCAGCAAAAGACAACAGUUUCCUCUGCUAAGGAUCCAAUCCCCUCCAAAGCGGCAGAAAAUGUAUUUAAGCGGCAAGAGAUUCCUUCUGGAUUUCCUGACAUCUCCCUCUCUCCCUUAAACAUGGUGCACGAAGUUCCCCCCACCUCUGACUCACAGACUGUGGUCCAAGUCACAAAGGGUGUGAAGAGGAGAGCAGACACAACAACCCCUACCGCGUCCAUAGUUAAAGCAAGUAGCAAGUCUCCCCCCACCUUUGGGGAAGCCAAGCCCGGGACUGUGCCAGUAAAGGAGAACAUACUGAAGAACGUUUUGCCAGACUCUCAGCAACAACACAGAGUUUUAAAAACGGUCAAAGUAACUGGGCAAUUAAAGUACUGCAGUGAGAUUCUUAAGGAAAUGCUUGCCAAGAAACAUUUGCCAUAUGCAUGGCCCUUCUAUAAUCCUGUGGAUGCUGAUGCUUUGGGACUCCACAACUACUAUGACAUUGUCAAAAAUCCCAUGGAUCUUGGAACUAUCAAGGGAAAAAUGGACAACCAAGAAUAUAAGGAUGCAUAUGAAUUUGCUGCAGAUGUCAGAUUAAUGUUUAUGAAUUGCUACAAAUACAACCCUCCAGAUCACGAAGUCGUGGCAAUGGCUAGAAUGCUUCAGGAUGUUUUUGAAAUGCAUUUUGCCAAGAUUCCUGACGAACCUGUUGAGUAUAUGCAUGCAUAUCACCUUCCAACAAACAGUGCAAAAGCCCUCAGUAGAGAAAGCAGCAGCGAGGCCUCCUCGGAAGACUACUCUUCUGAAGAUUCUGAGGAUGAACGAGUGCAGCAUCUCGCCAAGCUUCAGGAGCAGCUUAAUGCCGUUCAUCAGCAGCUACAAGUUCUGUCCCAAGUUCCCUUACGUAAGCUAAAGAGAAAGAAUGAGAAGUCUAAAAGGGCACUAAAAAGAAAAAAGGUUAACAACAGAGAUGAAAAUCCAAAGAAAAAGCCCAGGCAAAUGAAACAAAAGGAAAAGCCCAAGAGCAAUCAACCAAAAAAGAAGAAGCCACUUUUGAAAUCUGAAGAUGAAGACAACGCGAAGCCCAUGAACUAUGAUGAGAAAAGGCAGCUGAGUUUGGACAUAAACAAACUUCCUGGGGAGAAGCUUGGGCGCAUAGUUCAUAUAAUACAUUCAAGGGAGCCUUCCCUGAGAAACUCCAACCCAGACGAGAUCGAGAUCGACUUCGAGACUCUGAAGGCGUCAACACUCAGAGAGCUGGAGAAGUACGUCCUCGCCUGCCUGCGGAAGCGGUCGCUGAAGCCCCACGCGAAGAAGGUGGUCAGGUCCAAAGAAGAGCUCCAUUCCCAGAAGAAGCUGGAGCUGGAGAGGCGGUUGCUGGACGUCAACAAUCAGCUGAAUUGUAGGAAACGGCAAACAAAACGCCCAGCAAAAGCGGAGAAACCGCAGCCCCCGCCCCCACCGCCGCCGCCCCCGGAGCUGGUGAGCGGGUCCCGGCUGAGCGACAGCAGCAGUAGCAGCAGCAGCAGCAGCAGCUCGGGGUCCGCGAGCAGCAGCAGCGACUCGAGCUCCUCUGACAGCAGCGAUUCGGAACCAGAAACAUUUCCUAAAUUUACUGGCGUAAAACAGAAUGAUUUGCCUCCAAAAGAGAAUAUAAAGCAGACUACAGCGCCAUGUGGAGCACCAUGGAAGCAAUCCCAGCAGGUGCAUGGCUACCAUGGGUCAGAACAUCUGCAGACCAUGGAGAACAUUGCAUCUGUGCAGACUUGGCCUCUUUCAGGUUUUACCUUUCCCUUUUUAAUUAGUGAUGACAAGGCUGUUACCACUUACCAACAAGGGUGUGUGCUUCUAGAUGAUUCCAAACAAGUCUCGAAUGGCCCCACUGUGGUGCAUACCUCUGCUGAGAAUCUCACAAUGUUAGAGCCAGACUGUCAUGUUCCUGUGCAGAAGGAUAUAAAGAUUAAGAAUGCAGACUCUUGGAAAAGUUUAGGCAAGCCAGUGAAGUCAUCAAGUGUACUGAAGUCUUCCGACGAGCUUUUCAACCAGUUUAGAAAAGCCGCGAUAGAGAAGGAGGUCAAAGCGCGGACACAGGAGCAGAUGCGGAGGCACCUGGAGCAGAGCUCAAAGGAGCCGAAAGUGUCUCAGGAGACUCCGAGGGAGCUUGGAACUGGACUGACUCCAGAAUCUUUAUCGAAUAAAACGGAAAGCAAGUGUCAUGGAGAAGAGCAGGGUGAACAGCAGCCAUCAGAAGCUCAAGACAAAAGCAAACUCUGGCUUCUCAAAGACCGGAAUUUAGCAAGGGAGAAGGAGCAAGAACGGAGGAGAAGAGAGGCAAUGGCGGGUACCAUUGAUAUGACUCUUCAAAGCGACAUUAUGACAAUGUUUGAAAAUAACUUUGAUUAAAACUCAGUUUUAAAUUAACUGUCAACUUUAAAUGAAUGAUACAAAUGUUUACAAUGCAUGUGGUAAAGUGAUUACUUUCAACCACCAAGAUACCAAUCAUAUAUUGUGUUUUGACUGCCCUAAAAUUAAAUAUUUUGCACUUACAUUUUUAAUAAAUAUGUUCAUUUUAAUGACAUAAUUUAUAAACGUUUUAUAAUUUUGAUCUCUAAAAGUGAAUAGAUUUUAUUCAUUCUGCAGAGGACUGUCGCUGUGUGUUAUAGCCCUGAUCUAAGCAAGUCUGAAAGGGAGCAUCUGAUUGGGGAAAAAAAAUGAAGAAUAUAUAAAAGUAUAUAAAAACAGGUUCUGUUGAGUUUUUAACUUUUGUUUGUUUGUUUGUUUGUUUGAGACAGGGUCUCAUACCUCAUGCUGCUGUGCUGAACUCAACAAUGUAGCCAGGGAUGACCUUGAACUGCUGCUUCUCCUGCCCUCACCUCUCGAGCACUGGGGAUACAGGAGCUGCCAUCAUGCCUGGCUGAGUUUUUACUUUUCAAAGAGAUACUUUGUGCUGUCAGAAUAUCCUGAGCAUCUAACAAGCAUCACAAUGUCAGAUUCUCUGCUUUCUCUGCUGGGUUCAUGUUUAAAUUCCAUGCUGACUUGUUUUAAUGCAUUAUUAGUUAUGAUUUGAAACAAAGUAAUAGUAAAUAUUUAUGUGUACAAGCUUC